UUAUUUACCUGCGAAGCGGUGGCCUGCAGCUAUGCUGUGGCCAUAGGCGUGUUUGCAUUCCUACUGGCCAUCGGAUUCAUUGUCGCUGAUUUGAUGUUUAAUUCUAUUUCAAACAUGAAGAAACGGCGGUACAUUGUGAUUGGUGAUUUGGGGUGCUCAGGUAAACUGGAUCAAAAGUUUAUACGGAAUCGUGUGCCGUCCCAACACGUUGUAUCCGAAACCGACCCGAUGACGUUCGUAACCUGUCUAACCAUUGCACUCUUCUCAGGUCGAGCAUUUCAGCAAGGAACCUCAACUGUCUAA